AUGGUGUUUUUUGGCUAUAUGGUAUCUAGUGUAUUAUUUGGACUUCUAGCUGAUAGAUAUGGCCGCUGGAAGAUUUUAUUUCUCUCUUUCAUCUGGGGAGCCUAUUUCUCUUUGCUGACAUCAUUUUCCCCUUCGUACAUCUGGUUUGUCUUCCUCCGGACUAUGGUGGGAUGUGGCGUGUCAGGUCAUGCACAAGGGCUUAUAAUACAAACAGAAUUUUUGCCUACAAAAUACCGGGGUUAUAUGUUGCCAUUAUCACAGGUGUUUUGGUUAGCAGGCUCCUUAUUAAUUAUUGGAUUGGCAUCAGUGGUUAACCCAACCAUUGGAUGGCGUUGGCUGAUACGAAUUGCCUCUAUUCCAGGCAUUGUGCUCAUCCUAGCAUUUAAGUUUAUCCCUGAGUCUGCUCGGUAUAACGUAUCUUGCGGAAAUGACAAAGGUGCCCUUGCAACAUUGCAGUGGAUUGCUAAGAUGAACCGAUCUGUUAUGCCCGAAGGGAAGUUGGUGGAACCUGUUGAUGAAAGAAGGGGAAGACUGAAAGACCUAAUGAAUCCCAAAUACUUACGAACAACUCUGCAAAUAUGGAUUAUAUGGCUCGGCAUAUCUUUUGCUUAUUAUGGUGUCAUCCUGGCGAGUGCAGAGUUAUUGGAGAAGGAUCUGGUUUGUGGAACAGGAACAGGGCCAACAGCUGGAGAGGAGGAGUUGGGCAAUCAUUCCGAGGAGAUUCGGAGCCCUUGUCUCUGUCACCUGUUUGCUCCGUCUGAUUACCAGAUCAUGUUCAUCAGCACAGUUGGAGAGAUUGCAUUAAAUCCUUUAAACAUUCUUGGCAUCAAUUUCCUGGGAAGGCGGCUGAGUCUAACAAUAACAAUGGGAUGUACUUCAGUGUUCUUCCUUCUCCUCAAUAUCUGCACUUCAACCAUGGGCCUCAUUGGUUUUCUCUUUAUGCUGCGUGCUUUCGUUGCUGCAAAUUUCAACACCAUCUACAUUUACACAGCAGAGGUUUAUCCGACAACUAUGAGAGCCCUGGGUCUAGGGACCAGUGGUUCCCUGUGUCGUAUUGGUGCCAUGGUGGCACCUUUUAUAGCACAAGUGCUCAUGAAUGCUUCUAUCUUGGGAGCGCUUUGCCUUUUUGCUUUGGUUUGUGCUGUGUGCGCCAUCUCUGCUUACACUCUACCCAUAGAAACCAAAGGGAGAGCGCUUCAGCAAAUGAAAUGAUGACAUGCC